CGCGACUGCCCUCCUUUUGCGCAGGCGCAGUUAGCAGUCCAGCGGCCGCGCGAUGCCGGGGCGUCACAUUGCUCGUGUCCGGACCUUGUAUAGACGAAUCUUGCAGUUGCACCGCGUUUUGCCCCCGGACCUCAAAGCCCUGGGCGACCAGUACGUGAAAGAUGAAUUUAGGAGACAUAAGACCGUUGGUUCUGACGAGGCCCAGCGUUUCUUGCAGGAAUGGGAGGUGUAUGCAGCAGUGUUGUGGCAACAAGCUAAUGAAAAAAGACAGAAUUCAACUGAAAAAGCACUUUUUGGCACCUUCCUUUCAGAAGAAAAACUUAAUGACUUCCGUGAUGAACAAAUUGGACAUUUACAAAAGUUGAUGCAAGAAGCCACUAAACCGAAUAAGCAAUUUAGUAUUACUGAGUCUACCAAAUCAAAAUUUUAGUGUACACAAUAAAGCUUAACAAAACAUGUAAAAUACAGAGUAACUUAAUUUUAGCUGUCACUGUUUUUUUAAAAGGUAUUAUUUCAGCUUUGAGCCUUUCAUGAUACCUGGUGUUAAUGAGAUUAUUUUAUCAUUUGAUGUUAUGAAUGCAGUAUAUGGAUCAGGAUCAGUAAUAGACAACUCAAAAACUUUAUAACAUCAUUGGUAUAACAGUACUUGCUGGAUGAAAUUUGAUUUGGGGAAUAAAAGAAUGGCUUAGAAUGGA